UCGACAAUUCGGAGGAUAUUUGAUAUGGCCAAACAUCGGACAAAGAGGUCUUCUUUUUUCCCUACUGGAGUGAAGGUUUGCCCUCAAGAAUCAGUGAAGCAAAUUUUAGCAAGCCACCAAGCCUAUUAUAGGCUAAGAGUUUGCCAAGAAGCCGUAUGGGAAGCCUUCCGGAUUUUUCUGGACCGGAUUCCAGAUGCAACAGAAUAUCAGAAUUGGGUUACUGCCUGCCAGCGAGAAACAUUCUGUAUAUUCGACAUUGGGAAAAAUUUCAGUAAUUCUCAAGAGCAUCUGGAGAUAAUUCAACGGCGAGUAAAACAUAGACCCUUCCAGGACAGAAAAGAGGAGAUUUCCACAGAGAAAACCAGUGGCAAAAAACCAGAAGAGCCUCCUUCUCUUGCUACAGCCCCUACUGGUGUGCUAGUGAAUGAGAUUGUCAACGACACGAAGGCUCCCGUGAAGGAAUUGAAACCAGAGGUUCCAAAUAUAGUCUCUGAAGUUCCCGUGGAGCAGAUGGUAGAAUUCAGCGUCACCCUCACCGACCAGGAAUACACCCCAGAACUGAGUGAUCCUACAUCCCCUCAAUACCAGAAACUAGCUGCAAAGUUUCAGCUUCAGAUGCAAAAGAUAUUUGAGAAACUUACAGGAUUCAAGGAAAUUCGUGUGUUAGGAUUUAGGCAGAAGAAGGAAAAAGAUGGUUCAAGCAGCACCGUCGCACGGUAUGUCAUCAACUUCGAGAGAGACGACUCAGAAGCUAAAGGCCCUGAGGAUGACAUCACCACUAUUGGCUCCAACAAGGUCGAAAAUGAAAAAGACCCUCUUCGUACGGAGGAGGGAGUCCCAGCAGCUAAACCCAAAGUGACAGACCUUCAGCAGAUGGUUGUCAUGGCACUCCAGGAAGACAAGUCACUACCCAUGGACCUUGGAACACUCCAGUUUACUGACGAAGCUAUUAGACCAGCUAGUGAUGUAGAGAAUGAUAUCAAAUCAGUGGCCACUGAUGCAGUGGCUGGACUUGGCUGGGAGGCAUUCGAACCCGCAACGUUGACUGCUGACGUGAGUGAUCAGAAGAGUGAAGAUGAGGGAAUGAAAGACCAGCUGGACUCGCAGGUCCUUCCUGACCAAGACGCAAAGGCUACAGACCUGGAAUCUUCAGGAGAUGACAUUUUAGCCGCUUGGAGCACUAUGCCACCCUUCAUUGGUCCCCCUGAGCUUCCCACCUCGCUUCCUGAGGAUGACAUGUUGGGGCCACCAAAGGAGAUCAUUGUAUUGUCAGCAGUGACUACCAGUGGGCCCUCCAUUGUCGAUCAGCCUUUCGAAGUGACAAGCUCUGUGUGGGCAGAAGCACCAGACAGUACUGGGUUUGAAAUAGGGGUGCAGGACAUUGCCACUGAGGUAGGCGUGAUGGAUGUGAUGAGCCCGGCAGCCCUAGAUGAGGGUGGAAGUGGUUACUACGCAUUGCCAGAGACUCCGGAUGUGACUCCAGUUCCUCCUCUGAAGUACAUAACUACCAGCUCCAUGACAACUGCAGCCAAAGGAAAAGAGUUGGUGGUGUUCUUCAGUUUGAGAGUGACCAACAUGCGCUUUUCCGAUGACCUCUUCAAUCGGAGCUCUGCAGAAUACAAAGCUCUUGAACAGCAAUUCAUGCAGUUGCUGCUUCCCUACCUACAGUCUAAUCUUACAGGAUUUAAGCAACUGGAAAUACUCAAUUUCCGCAAUGGAAGCGUGAUUGUCAACAGCAAAAUGAAGUUUGCCAAGUCGGUGCCGUAUAACAUCACAGAAGCCGUCCAUUGUGUGUUGGAGGAUUUUUGCGAUGCGGCAGCUCAACGUCUUAACCUUGAAAUCGACAGCUAUUCACUGGAUAUUGAACCAGCUGAUCAAGCGGACCCUUGCAAGUUCAUGGCGUGCGAUGAAUUUGCCCAGUGCAUAAAGAAUGACUGGACAAAAGAGGCGGAUUGUCUUUGCAAACCCGGUUAUGUAAGAAUGGACGGACAGCCCUGCCGUAGUCUGUGUGAGAUUGAACCACAACUGUGCACUAACGGCGGCAAAUGUGAAUUAGUCCCAGGAAGAGGGGCAGUCUGUAGAUGCCCAGUACUUAGAAACAGAGGAGAGCGUUGUGCGAAAUACGCUCCACCACCCACCCGAUCCAACAUCUCCAAAGCUGUGACGCUUGGCUUAUUGUGCCUAAUUUUUCUUCUCAUCACUUUAAUAAUUAAGUUUCGAAGGAAAUGCAAAAGCAAGACUAAUCUGGAAAGUCCUCCUCCCAGCCAGUGCAAUGCAGAGAGUGCUGUAAGAAUUAAUCCUGUUUUUGAUCACGAUGAACCCAACAGUAAUUUUUGCCGUGCCCCAUGUAGUGUAAGUGCCUGUAUCAAUUCUUCCGAGAGCAGUGACCAAGGAACAUCACAAAAUAAUGAACACAGAACAGAGAAUGGAGGCCACCAGAUGCAAAGCAAAGACUGA